CCUCUCCCGCCUGCAGAUGUAGACCUUUGAGCGUGUCCCUUCCUCCUCCGCUCCCACAGCUCCCGGCCGACAUGGCGCACUAGAGGCAGCAGUGCCAGCGGCAGCAUUGGCCUUUGCAGCGGCAGCAGCAGCACCAGGCUCUGCAGCGGCACCUCCCAGCGGCUUAAGCCAUGGCGCUUUUCACGGCAUUCAGCAGCAGCAUUGCUGUAACCGACAAAGACACAUUCGAAUUAAACACAUUCCUCGAUUUCAGCAAAGCCCCACAACAUGACCGAGAUGAGCUUCUUGAGCAGCGAGGUGUUGGUGGGGGGCUUGAUGUCCCCCUUCAACCAGUCGGGUUUGGGGGCUGAAGAAAGCUUAGAUCUCUUAGACGACUACCUGGAGGUGGCCAAGAACUUGAAACCCCAUGGGUUCUCCAGCGACAAGGCUAAGGCGGGCUCCUCCGAAUGGCUGGCUGUGGAUGGGUUGGUCAGUGCCUCAGACAACGGCAAGGAGGAUGCCUUCUCGGGGACAGAUUGGAUGGUGGAGAAAAUGGAUCUCAAGGAGUUUGACUUCGAUGCCCUGUUAAGUUUAGGUGACCUGGACACCAUGCCUGAUGAGCUUUUGGCCACGUUGGAUGACCCCUGUGACCUCUUUGACCCCCUAGACCAGGAGAUUAAUAAGGAGCCCCCCCAUACCGUGAACCCAAUUGGCCAUCUUCCAGAAAGUUUACUAAAAACUGACCAGGUUGCCCCCUUCACCUUCCUGCAACCUCUUCCCCUUUCCCCGGAGGCCCUGUCCUGCACUCCGGAUCAUUCCUUUAGUUUAGAGCUGGGAAGUGAAGUUGACAUCUCUGAAGGAGAGAGAAAAUCAGACUCCACUACUUAUAUUCCCAUAACCCCUCAGUGCAUAAAGGAGGAGGAUGUCACCUCAGACAAUGACAGUGGCAUCUGUAUGAGCCCGGAGUCCUAUCUGGGCUCUCCCCAGAAUAGUCCCUCCACCUCCAGGGCCUCCCCAAACAGGAAUCUGCUGUCUUCAGCUACCCCCUGUGGGUCUGCUGGCCCCAAACCCUAUGACCCUCCUGUAGAGAAGGUGGUAGCUGCAAAAGUAAAGGGUGAGAAACUAGAUAAAAGGCUGAAAAAAAUGGAGCAGAACAAGACAGCAGCUACUAGAUACCGCCAGAAGAAGAGAGCAGAGCAGGAGGCCCUCACCGGUGAGUGUAAAGAGCUAGAAAAGAAAAACGAGGCUCUGAAAGAGAAGGCCGAUUCCUUGGCCAAGGAGAUCCAGUACCUGAAAGAUCUGAUAGAGGAAGUCCGCAAGGCCAGGGGAAAGAAAAGGGCCCCCUAGUUAGGGUAGUCGGUGUGCUUGUACAUAGGAGGCUUGUGCUGGAGAUGUGUAUCAUAAUAAAUUAUUUUGUAGUGAAAGUA